AUGUCUUCAGCAUUCGGCCCAAUCGCAGAGGCACACCAGGACAAAUUCGACCUCGGAAUUUGGCACGCGCUCUUCAACUGGGCAAACCUGACUGUCGCUGUCCAAAACCAAUGGGGCGGGCCCGACUCCUCAGAUAAACGCGACUGGCUCGCAGGCCAAAUUUCAGAACUCUUCGCAGCCGAGCCUCUGACAGAUGCGGAGGAUGUUGAAGUCGUCCUUCUACAAGUCCUCGAGGACGAAUUCGGCGUGCGGGUAGAAGACGAGACCGAGGUCGCCGUUGCGCGCGAGAUCAUGACGAUACGGAAGGAGAUUGGCGAGGGCAACACGGCGACGGUGGAUGCGCUGCAGAAGAAGUGGCAAGAGCGCAAAGGAAAGGAAGUCUCGACUGGCAGUGUUAAUGUCAAGGAGACGAACCAAGAGGGGGAAUGGGACAGUGUGGAUGAGGAGAGCGACGAAGAUGAUGAUGUCGAAAUGGGCGAAGCGCCUGCGCUUGUGCCCGCGAAACCGAAGCCAGAGCCAGAGGUGGACGAUGAGGGCUUCACCAAGGUAGUCGGCAAGAAGAAGAGAUGA